AUGCAAGUAUUCAUAAAGAAUAUCAGCGGCAAAUCCAUAUGUUUUGAUGUCCGACCUCAAAAUACAGUUGGUCAGCUCAAAAUUAUGAUUCAGGAACGUGAGGGCAUAUCUCCGGACCAACAACGACUUUUAUUUAGUGGGCAACAACUUGAAGACGACUUCGAAGUUGAGCAUUAUAAACUUUCCGACGGUUCUCUUGUUCACCUUGUUUUGCGUUUACUGGGUGGA